CUCCCUCGCAAGUUAGUGGAGUAAUGAAGGAGAGAGUGCUGCAGCGGAGCGUCGAGCUUUCCUGGCAGGAGCCGGAGCAUCCCAAUGGAGUCAUCACUGAAUAUGAAAUCAAGUAUUACGAGAAAGAUCAAAGGGAACGGACCUACUCGACAGUAAAAACCAAGUCCACUUCAGCCUCCAUUAAUAACCUGAAACCAGGAACAGUGUAUGUUUUCCAGAUUCGUGCUUUCACUGCUGCUGGUUAUGGAAAUUACAGUCCCAGGCUUGAUGUUGCUACACUAGAGGAAGCUACAGCCACGGCUGUCUCCAGUGAACAGAAUCCUGUAAUUAUCAUAGCUGUGGUUGCCGUGGCAGGAACUAUCAUUCUGGUCUUCAUGGUAUUUGGCUUCAUCAUUGGAAGAAGGCACUGUGGCUAUAGCAAAGCUGACCAAGAAGGAGAUGAAGAGCUUUACUUUCAUUUUAAAUUUCCAGGCACCAAAACCUACAUUGACCCUGAAACCUAUGAGGACCCAAAUAGAGCUGUCCAUCAAUUCGCCAAGGAGCUAGAUGCCUCUUGUAUUAAAAUUGAGCGUGUGAUUGGCGCAGGAGAGUUUGGAGAAGUCUGCAGUGGCCGCUUGAAACUCCCAGGGAAGAGAGAUGUUGCAGUAGCCAUAAAGACCCUGAAAGUUGGUUAUACAGAAAAACAAAGACGAGAUUUUUUAUGUGAAGCAAGCAUCAUGGGGCAGUUUGACCACCCUAAUGUUGUUCAUUUAGAAGGGGUUGUCACAAGGGGGAAACCAGUCAUGAUUGUAAUAGAAUAUAUGGAAAAUGGAGCCCUUGAUGCAUUUCUUAGGAAACAUGAUGGGCAAUUUACAGUCAUUCAGCUUGUAGGAAUGCUGAGAGGGAUUGCUGCUGGAAUGAGAUAUUUAGCUGAUAUGGGUUAUGUUCAUCGGGACCUUGCAGCCCGCAAUAUUCUUGUCAACAGUAAUCUUGUUUGCAAAGUGUCAGAUUUUGGCCUGUCCCGAGUUAUAGAAGAUGAUCCAGAAGCUGUCUACACAACUACUGGAGGAAAAAUCCCAGUACGGUGGACAGCCCCAGAAGCCAUCCAGUAUCGGAAAUUUACAUCUGCCAGUGAUGUAUGGAGCUAUGGAAUAGUUAUGUGGGAAGUAAUGUCUUACGGGGAGCGGCCUUAUUGGGACAUGUCAAAUCAAGAUGUUAUAAAAGCAAUUGAAGAAGGUUAUCGUUUGCCAGCACCCAUGGACUGCCCAGCUGGUCUCCAUCAGCUAAUGCUGGAUUGUUGGCAGAAGGAUCGUGCUGAAAGGCCAAAGUUUGAACAGAUAGUUGGAAUUCUGGACAAAAUGAUCAGAAACCCAAAUAGCUUGAAAACACCCUUGGGAACCUGUAGCAGGCCAAUUAGUCCCCUUCUGGAUCAGAACACUCCUGACUUCACUACCUUCUGUUCUGUGGGAGAAUGGCUACAAGCUAUCAAGAUGGAAAGGUAUAAGGAUAACUUCACAGCAGCUGGCUACAACUCCCUUGAAUCAGUGGCCAGAAUGACUAUUGAGGAUGUGAUGAGUUUAGGGAUCACAUUGGUUGGUCAUCAAAAGAAAAUCAUGAGCAGCAUUCAGACUAUGAGAGCACAAAUGCUACAUUUACACGGCACUGGCAUCCAAGUGUGAUAGACAAAAUUUCUCCCUUAUGAGGGAGGUGACAGACUGUGAGAGAACAGUACUGGCCUUCAUUAUAGGCGUGGAGUGCUGCUAGAAGACACUUGAUUUGCUGGUUCCUUCCUGCAGUAAACAGAUCUACAAGAAGCACCUAAAGACUUGAACUCCUAAGUGCCACCAGAAUUCACAAAAAGGGAAUACGGAUCCACCACUGGUGGCCAGGAAAACAGCAGUGACAAUAAACAAAGUACUACCUGAAAAAAAAAAACAUCCAAACACCUUGAGCUCUCUAACCUCCUUUUUAUCUUAUAGACUUUUUAAAGUGUACAUAAAAAUUUAAGAAAGAAUAUAUUUGUCAAAUAAAAUCAUGAUCUUAUUGUUAAAUU